UGUACGCGUGGGCCAUUGAGGAAAGAGGAAACGAGCAGCUCUGGUUGUGUGAGGGCUUCCUGCACUACAAUAUAAAGAGUUCCCUCUCUUCAGCCUCCCCUUACAGUGCUGUUAAGAGCCAGUGGAGACUGUGGGUGAACCCCUGCUCCACAUCUUUGAUUGUGGACUGAGCACUGAUCCGGGGGGGUUGACAUCAGCGCGGAGCACGCUAGUUCUCGUCCCUGCUGGUCGGGGUACGAGUAGGGAGCUGGUCUCACCUAACAGAUGUAUCUGGGACGCUCCAGUCUAUUUAUUCCAUAAAAUACACACAGGUACAGAUGAACAUGACGGAAGUAUUGGAAGGAUACAGAGUGGACGGAGUGCAGGAGUUGAGGGCUGCUGCCCCGGCCAAGGGAUACGUGAAGGAGUUCACACGCCAUUCCAACGAUGUGCUGCUUAACCUAAAUGAACUCCGGCACCGCAACAUCCUGACAGACACCACCCUGGUUGUCGGUGACACACACCUAUGUGGGCACUGCGCUGUGCUUGUGGCCUGCAGUGGGUUUUUCUACUCGCUGUACUCCCACCGUGUGUUGCUUCAGGGGCGUGGUGGCAGCGGGGAGCCGCUUAUGACCGUGUCUCUCCCCAACACCUUGGACCCAUCUAGCAUCUCCCUGCUGCUUGACUUCAUGUACACCUCCCGCCUCCCUCUGACACCAAGCACCGUCCCCGGGGUGCUCACUGCUGCAACCUACCUGCAGAUGGACCACGUGGCCGAUACCUGCCGGGAUUUCAUUCAGCUGCACUGCAGGGAGAAUAUGAGUGUAAGACACCCUCAACUGGAGCUGGAUUCCAGGGUGUCUGUGGCUGCUGUAGCCCCCAAAGGAGGGGACCUGCCCAAUCCAGGACCCCAGAGAUUACUCCCAACAUCAGUGGCAACAAGGGUCCCUGCAGAGGUUGUGGGCUCUCUCAAGCCAGGGGCUUUCCUGACCUGCCAGCCCGGGUCAAAGAAAUUGAAAGGAGAGCCUGAGUCGCCCCUCAUGGGUACCCCAACUCCAUCUCCAGACAGCCCCGCCCGCUCCAGCUGCCAACCUAACUCUCCAGCAGAAUCUAACACCUGCAACAAAAACCUUGUGGCCACGCCGGACCCUAAGUCUUGCAAUUGGAAAAAAUACAAGUACAUUGUCCUCAACCCUCUCUGUGCAGCCACCACGGUGAAGGAAGAGGUGAUGGAGGAACCACAAAGUAACACAUCACCCGUUAGCGACAGGGUGGGAUCGACACCCAGAGCAACUGAGGCGUGGUCUGGAGAAGUGCCUGGUCAGAUUGAUAGACAGGGGCAGGCCUCCUGCUACGAGGGUUCUGGCCGAGCCCCUCCCCUCGGGCCACCCCACUCUGUGAAUCACCAUACAGUGCCUCCCACUCACAAAGAGGGAACAGUCUCACCCUGCACCAUUUUCCCAAACCUGCACCCCAGUGAUCCAGAGGCAGCCCAACAUACAAUCAAGCGUGACAACUAUUAUGUGCCCUACUGUUACUCUGGCAACCUUCAAGGAACCAAGACUGGCUCAGGUGACAAGCCAUACCGCUGUAAUGUGUGCGGCGCCCAGUUCAACCGACCGGCCAACCUGAAGACUCACUCUCGCAUCCACUCAGGAGAGAAGCCUUACCGCUGUGACACCUGUGGCGCACGGUUUGUUCAGGUUGCCCAUCUGAGGGCCCACGUUCUGAUCCAUACGGGGGAGAAACCUUACCCCUGCCACACAUGUGGCACCCGCUUCCGCCACCUGCAGACUCUGAAGAGCCAUUUGCGCAUUCACACUGGAGAGAAGCCUUACACUUGUGAGAAGUGUGAUUUACACUUCCGCCACAAGAGUCAGCUGCGUCUUCACCUGCGCCAGAAACACGGGGCCGUCACCAACACCAAGAUCCGCUACAAGGUCCUGACCGAGCCCUACCAGCCCGUUCUGCAGGCCUGCUGAAGACCUCUGCACUUUGACGCAUUCAUCAUCAUCAUCAUCGAUCAUCACGUUGGCCGAAAUAAUAUCUGAAUCUGUCAUAAAAUGGGAAAUUUGGCGAAUGAAUUUCAGCAGUUUUAUAUUAUUAGCACCUGGUUUUUGAAUAUCAGGUGGUAUUCAUAACUUUCAACAGUGUGGUUGAAUGAGCAGUUUCACGAACAAUGUACAAUUGAUUUCACUUGGAGAAAGAGACCUUUACAAAUGACUUUUAGAGGUGAUUUUUGUUUGCAUCUGUAGAGUUCUUGGAACUAGAGAAAUCUUGGGUGCCUUUUCUGCAAUGGCGAUUUUGUUAAGAAAAAGUUUCUUUGUGGGUUUGUGAAGGGAUGAAAAGAAAGGAACAAGAUAUGGAAAGAAAGGUAGAAUGUUUUUUGGGUGUGUGUACACUGGAUUUUAAAGGAGUAUGAGUAUGUGAACAGUUUAAACGAAAGAUAAAGUCAAGUUUUAUGACAGAGAGGUGGUGAGGUUUUGGAGUAAAUUAAAUUCUAAAUGUGUAUUUAUCUUAACCUUGAGGCCUGGGGCCUGCAUGUUCUUUAAAAACAAAGCAGAGGAGGCAGAGAUAUCUGCUUUUUAGUCCGAGCAGGCAUAGGACUUAGUUGUCUUGUACUGAGUGUAAAGUAUAAUUAAAUUGUAUACAUUGUUUCCUGACAUGAACAAUUUUAACAAGAGAACUGUAAGCAAUUGGAUAAGUAAUAGUAUUGCAGUUGUAUGUGUAUGAGUUCAUUUGCUGGACAAAGAUGGUUUGUACAAUCUAAAUUAAAUCAUUUUUAUAUGAAUUGGA